UCACCUCGAAACAAUAACCGCCGUCAUUCUCACCCAUUUCACGCAUUUGGAAUCCAAAGGGAGAUUAUCGCGAUUCACUCGAAGAGGUCACCACGGCAAAAAUCUGCUCUCAGCCAGAAACAAACCCAUAAGGAAAGAAACGAAAUACUUGUGCAGAAACCAUCUUCUUCAUCACUGCUAGACGCCCCAUAUUUCAUGCCCCAAUAGUUCUUUAUCUGUCCUCCUCUGCCCUCCAAUCCCCAUUCCGGCUAAGCCUCUCAGAAUGGGCAUGAAAACCCAAGGAACCGAGGAGGCUAGUGGCUUAGAGGAUGGAGGUGUUGUUAACUUCCAAAGCAAAGGCGUUCGCUAUAACUCACCAGUAGCUCAGGUAGUCCUGGUUGGCCUGGUCUGCUUCUGCUGCCCAGGCAUGUUCAAUGCCUUGAGUGGCAUGGGUGGAGGCGGCCAGGUUGAUCACACUGUUGCCAACAACGCCAACACUGCUCUGUACACCACCUUCGCUGUCUUCGGCAUCCUUGGUGGUGGCAUUUAUAAUGUCCUCGGCCCCCAUCUCACCCUCUUUGCCGGAUGCUCCACUUAUGUCAUCUAUGUCGGCUCCUUUCUCUACUACAAUCAUCAGAAGGAUCAGACUUUUGCAGUCAUCGCCGGAGCCAUCCUCGGCGUUGGUGCAGGGCUCCUCUGGGCUGGCCAAGGUGCCAUCAUGACCUCCUACCCGCCUUUCGGUCGGAAAGGCACCUAUAUCUCCGUCUUUUGGACUGUUUUCAACUUUGGUGGUGUCAUCGGUGGUUUAGUUCCCUUCGUUCUGAACUACCAUCGAACUUCUCCUUCUGUAAACGAUGGCACUUACAUUGCUUUCAUGUCGUUUAUGUCUCUGGGAGCACUCCUCACCCUCACCAUUCUACCUCCAAACAAGGUAGUUCGUGAGGAUGGCAGCCGCCUGGAGUUUGUUAAGUACUCCAACCCGUCCAAGGAAGCCAAGGAGAUUCUGAAACUCUUCCUGAAUUGGAAGAUGUUGAUGAUCGUCCCUGCAGCAUGGGCCAGCAAUUUCUUCUAUAGCUACCAAUUCAACAAUGUGAAUGGCUUGUUGUUCAAUCUUAGGACCAGAGGUCUGAAUAACGUGUUCUAUUGGGGUGCUCAGAUGUUGGGAUCUGUUGGAAUAGGGUGCUUGCUGGACUUCAGUUUCAGAAGCCGCAGAACCAGGGGCUUUGUUGGAGUUGGGAUUGUUGCGGUCAUGGCCGCAGCGGUUUGGGCCGGCGGACUAGCAAAGCAAUUGCAGUAUUCUUUGGAUAACAAGCCAGAAUUGUUGGAUUUUAAGGAUGGGAAGAGGUUCAUGGGGCCAUUUCACUCUACUUCUGCUACGGUUUAUUGGAUGCCAUGUUUCAGAGCUUGUGUUAUUGGGUAAUUGGAGCACUGGCUGACGAUACUCAGAUUCUUAGCAGUGGAUUUUACAAAGGUGUACAGAGCGCAGGUGCAGCAGUAGCUUGGCAGGUAGAUGCUCACAAGACCCCGUUACUAUACCAAUUGAUGAUAAACUGGUCACUUAUCACCAUCAACUACCCAUUGUUGAUACUACUAAUUGCACUCGCCGUCAAAGAUGAUAAGGAUGAGAUAGGGGAGGAUGGAGCUCCUCUUCCUAUAAAUUAGAACAAAAGGAAUGAAUAUUGAUCCUGGGAAGCCACACUGCAAUAGAGGAUCUCUUCGGACUGCUUAACUUGCUAGUUUAGAAAUUUUUAUCAUGCAUUUUUUACUUUAGAUUUAGGUUGCAAAUUGUGCAGUUUAAUCUGUAUAGCAUAUCAAGAAACAGAAAAUUCACUGUGGAUAGUUGUGCCUUCCGAUGAUACAAACCAAAAUUUUCGUUUAUGCCUAUCAACUGGGCUUCUUAACCUCAACGAAAAUUCUACAGAACAGCGGCUAGAGAUGAUGUUGAUAACAAUGGUAUCUUCUUUUGUUGCUUCUGCUUCGGAGUUCUUUGGUGCUUUAAGGACACAAACCAAAAUUUUCAAUUAUGCCUAUCAACUGGGCUAAUUUCCAUAAGAAUGACAAAUUCUACAGAACAGCGGCCAGAGAUGAUGUUGAUAACAAUGGUAUCUCCUUUUUGUUGCUUUCGCUUGGGAGUUCUUUCUUGCUCAUCUGCCUGCCCUAAUAGUUCUUGCUCGUUUUUUCAAACAAAAGGUUUUGAGAGUUUAUGGGCGACAAUGGGCAUCCUUAAUGACGCCCGAGCUGCAGGUGAAGUAACUCAC